AUGUAUUUCGGGAAUCCGUUACAAACAAGUGCUACAGGACAAGCUAGUUUUGUCUCCCAGAAUCCUGCAUAUUAUCAAGCAUCACGUCCAGCUCUGCGACCAGUUAACAAUCCUGAGCCAUAUCCAUUUGCACUGCAGGAUUACAUGACCAAUUGUCUUUCAGGGUCUUACCAUCCACAGGCAAUUCAAAAUUACCCAAAAAAUGAAGAGAGCAAUACUUAUUCAAGAAAACCAAAUGCUCUGCAGCUACCUGAACAAAACCCGCGAGUUCACAGCUCUGCUCCUGAUUUUUCUGCGGAGCCAGACAACUUAUUCAUGGCAACUCUGCAAAGGCCACUGGGAGCUCCGUCAACGCAGUCACAAGUGCAGAGAAACCUGCUUGAUUCGGCAGCACUGAAGCCCACGCCUCCUGCUUUUACAAACAGAGAAAUUUCUGGCAGUCAGCGAGAACAAGUGAGCUAUCAGCCAGCAGCUUACGAUGCCACGCAGGCACGAUAUUAUAAAAGUAGUAAGGAAGUAACAGUGGCGCUUUAA